AUACCUGCGCGCUUGACCGCCGGCGAGUCUUGGAAAGUCUUGAAUGUGGCUUGGAGCGCAUUGAGUGGAGAUCAUGUCUGCCAUCGCACGCAAACUGGACUUACCUCCACUCUCAACUCCGUCUCCAUGAACGAGCGUUAACGCGGGGCCUUAGGAAUGGCCAACUCGGGUCCCGUUCAGGUGAAACUCGAACUCGGCCACCGCGCCCAGUUCCGAAAGAAACCCACGGUGGAAGGCUUCACCCACGACUGGAUGGUGUUCGUGCGAGGACCGGAGCAGAGCAACAUUCAACACUUUGUGGAAAAAGUUGUCUUUCACUUGCACGAGAGUUUCCCCAAACCAAAACGAGUUUGCAAGGAUCCGCCGUACAAAGUGGAGGAGUCUGGCUACGCUGGCUUCAUCUUGCCUAUUGAAGUUUACUUCAGGAAUAAGGAAGAGCCGAAGAAAGUCCGCUUCGACUACGACCUUUUUCUUCACCUGGAGGGCCACCCGCCCGUCAAUCAUCUCCGUUGCGAGAAACUCACCUUCAACAAUCCCACCGAAGAGUUUCGCCGCAAAUUGCUGCGAGCCGGAGGGCAACGGGAUCCACACAAACGCACCUCGGAGGACACAAAAGUGAUGGUCAUGCAGGAGGGGUCGACAUCCUUGUUCGGGCCGCACAUGAAGCUCCCCACGCUUCCCAACAACUCCUUGGGGGCCACUUUCUCCGACCCAAGGAAGAGCAAAAGCUCCCACGGGACCAAGGACGCCUCCAAAGGGAGCGGUCCGACACUCCUCACGACGGCCACAAGCACCAACAGCAGCAACCUCUCCAAACUGCACAAGCCCUCCAAGGACCACAAAGAAAAGCCACCAAAAGACUUGAAAGAGACCAAAAGUGCCUUCAGAGACUCGUGCUGGGAGUCCAGCAAAUCCACAAAAGAACCUUCCAGAAAACCCAAAGAGAACCAGCCACUUCGAAAUAGCAAUCCUAAAAUGGGUUUCAAGGAACCUAAGUCCUUGUCUCACCGAAGCGAGGGGUCCGGAAAGCGCCCGUCCGCCCCCGAUGGGGACAAUAAUGUAACCAAAAAACGCAAAAGGGGAUUCGGGGAUUUGUCCGGGAAGCCUGCGUCCGGCUUGGAUGCGCAACAUUCCGAUAAGAAGCUACUGAAGAUGCAGAGCGGUAAAUUGCACCCGGAGGGCGACGACACGGCGCACCGGAAGAGGUCCGCGCAUCCGUCGUUCCAGGAAGUGGUGGACCCUAACGACUCUGACAUAGAGUCCGCCAAAUCAGACUCGGAACAGCCGAGUCCAGCUAGUUCUAGCUCCAGUUCGGGCUUUGCCCCCACUCACCAAAAACGCCAAGUACUUGGCCCGCUGCAGUCGGUCAUGCAGGAUUUCCACUCGGACGACAACGACGACGAUUCGGAGGACGACGACGACCAGGAUUUGGAUUCCGACGCCGCGCACCACCAACACAGGGUCAGUUUGAGUGACGGCAGCGAGAGUGAUCGUUCCGUACCCUCGCCGCCGUUACGCAAUGAUGUCCCAGGAUUAUUAAAGACGACGAGUAAUCAGAUACUGGAAGUGAAGACUCCCAACAAGCAGGACAGAAACAAAAAUGUCGAUUGUGACAAGGCUUACCUCGAUGAGCUAGUGGAACUGCACAAAAGACUGAUGACACUAAGAGAAGGUCACAUACUGCAACAGAUUGUGAACCUGAUCGAAGAGACGGGCCACUUUCACAUCACCAACACUACUUUUGACUUUGACCUGUGCUCCUUGGACAGAAGUACAGUAAGGAAACUCCAGAGUUACCUGGAGAAUUCCGGACUGUUCUGAGCGGCCGGCAGCUUGAGUUUUCUCUGAUUUAGCUUUGUUUGUUUAUUAUGGACUAUGUUAAGGGGGGGGGAGUCGGGGUCGUCAACCAAUCAGUUCACCCGCAAAGCCUUGAACCCUUUGGAAAAAAAACGACAGUUUUGCUCUUAAAGAAUGUGUGCGCACCGAGCGUUGUUGUGUACGUCGGUCCGGAGUCCUCGUUUAUUCGACAAACGUUUGUUCGACAUUGCCUUAUAACGCUGUAAAGUCUUAUUUAUUGAAUUCGCUUGUGUGCGCACGUGUGUUGCAACUAGCCAAACUUAGGAAAGGAUAUGGAAGCACUUGACAGCGCGUCAAACAACAAGCAAUCGAAUAAGUGCCGGUUAGCUAAGCUAGCUAACGCCGAUCCCUGCGUCCAAACUCGACUGGAAAAAGUACUGUUACGGGUGUGUUAUGAUGAAACUGUUAUUUAUUUUUUUUCUCUAUUGUUUUUCAUUCGGGAGAAAAGAUCGGAGUUAACACUGACGGGGCCUUUCUUGUGUAUUUUCAGAACAUUCAAUAAAUACUCUGUAUGUU